UAUAGAUACAUAAGUACCGUUUAUUUAUUAUUUACGCAAGGUAUUCCAUCAGCAGCUGAACAUUUGUUUGAUUUACCUGAUCAAUGGCCCUCUUAUUGUGGCAAUGCAAACACAGGUUUUACAAUAGAACCAUAUCAUGGAUUUGUUGUAACUCCAAAAGGUCAAGAUCAUUUUACAUUAAAAUUAAAUACACCACCAGUUCAUUCACUUGGUGACCAACUCAAAGUUGAAUUUAAAGUGCCACCAAAUUGGUUUUAUAAUGGUACACAAUGUGCUAAAUUCAAUACAAUUAUUUUCGAUAAAGAAAAUUGGCAAGAAUCACAACAAGUUGACAUGUCUUUUAUUGAUUACGGUUGUUGCACAUACGCAAUUACUGCAAACGGUGGUGGAUACAAUUGGCAAUAUGCAGUACAAACAUUUGUUGUUUAUGCAUGUGAUGGACAAGCUGGAUAUGGAUGCAAAGGCAAAGAACCUUGUGGAGCUUGA